CGCAUCUCUUCCAAAUCUUUGAAAUCGUCCUGGAUUUGCUCUUUCCCUCAGCCUGGUCGUCAACCUCACCUUCACAAAGAAAAAGGUCUUCAUCGUUGCCAGUGCCUCGUGCCCGGCCUCAAGAAGUAUCACCCACCCACCUGAGCGGCUGAUCUCACUCCAAUCUCUGCGAGUCCGGUCGCUAGCUGCCGAAUCUCAAGUCACUGUCGAUCUCUUACCCUGCUUGUCCUCCGAAGGCGCCCCACGUCCACUGAGAACAAGCCAUAACGCCGCGAAAAAGCCAACCGACAGCCAAAAAUACAGAUCAUCGCCCACCAUCGAUCCACCGCAAACACCUUCUUGUCAAGGCCUGUGUGCAUAUCGCGUUUCGCGACACUUGUCUCUGGACCGAACACACUCUGCUCGUCGCUGGAAGAAAACUGCGUCGCCUGUUUGCGCUACAUAUCGCACCCGAGACAGGUAUCUCACGCUGAUACAUUCUUCGGCAUAAGAGAACCUGGCACAUCCCUCAAGUCAUCACCUCCUCGAGCUAAACCAAACCCCUCUGCGAUAAUACCCGCAAGAGUCUCUUAUAACACACGUCGCUGAGAGUUCCAGCGACAAAACAGCAGCUUCGGCCGAAUACAAGCUCUUUCUAAACCCUUUGAGCGAUCUCGCACUGCACCGUCGACAUCAGUCAGACUGGCUUCCGUCGCGAUCCCCCUUCCAAUGGGGACAACGCUCGAUGCGCUGAACACCGCAACCUCCAGUCUCACACAACGCCGACAAGCUGCGUCUAAUCUUCCAGCAUUUGAGCUGCCACCGCCUCCAAUCUCAUUCGCACCGGGGCCACUUCAGAAAUUCCCUCCGAUUCCAGGAAUCAACACAUCACAUGCGGGCCCUACGCCUGUGAGUGUAGGACAGCUCCUGACGCCACCGUCCAACUCGGCGUCGGAGAGCGCAAGCUCAUCUGCCAUUCCGACAGGGACAACCCCUAACAGCGGCGCCGCUCCUGUCCUACCGUACGCCCCUAGUUUCUUUGGCGGCGGAACAGGGACCACUCCCAAUGCAUAUCAUACUGGAUACACUCCGCAGCCGUGGCAGGCCAACGGUCCUCUUCUCCCACCCCGAUCAAUGUUUUCUCCCAUACCAGGUCAGUCGCUGCGGUCGGGAACGCACUCGCCGGCUGCUGCAGAAGGGUCAGCGCUCCCUCCACCGCCUUACGAUCUGAACCCUCCUUACGGCGCCCACCUCCCUCUCUCCUCCCCAGGCAGCGCCUCCCAUCCUGCGAACGCUCAUCACCUCAUGCCGUCAAUGCAACGACCUCCUAGUCAACAUUCGCCAAUAACACCCAACGAUAACAAGCCGGCACUCUUCGGUAGCAUGACGACUGCGGGCCAACACCAACCCUCAUAUGUAUAUUCCCAUCCUACCGGCGUUUCCCAGGCUCCAAGGAUUUCUCCCACGCUCCAACAAGGAAGUCUUCCUUCCCACUCACAGCCUUCGUUCAUGAGGCCUCCUCCCCCGUCAUAUUCUCUACCGGCGAUGCCAGGACCGAUUAUGUCCAAUAUCCACAGUCCAGGCACGCACAUGAGCAUGGUGGGAAGCAUGCAAGCAAACAUGUUGCCUCUUGCCUUCAACAGUGGUUAUGCCGCAAACCCACAAGGGAUGUAUGGACAACCGAGGACAAAUACGCCGCAACAGAGCCCGGCAAACGACAGACCGUUCAAAUGUGACCAGUGUCCCCAGAGCUUCAAUCGCAAUCAUGACUUGAAGCGUCACAAGCGAAUUCACCUCGCUGUGAAGCCUUUCCCUUGUAAAUAUUGCGACAAGAGCUUCUCUCGUAAAGACGCACUCAAGAGACAUAUUCUUGUCAAAGGCUGUGGCAGUGGUUCUUCGGCCGAAGCGGAAAGUAAGGACGAUGGACCGAAAUCAGAAUCCGGUAGCGACGGUGUGAACGAUAGCCCGACGGCGGCAACAGCAGCGUAAUAUCCCGGGCAACACAGCACCUCUGAUAUCCAUCAAGUGUUUCCCCACUGGGUGAGUGUAUAUUAUUAGCAUGGGACUGAGCUUUUCAGAAGCUCGUUGGCUGGUAGUGGAUUAUUUCAUUAUGUUUUGUGACGACUUGAUGGAUGGCGAACUCUAGCGACCUUUGGGAGUAUUGAUGGAUAUUCAUUUUCUGUUUUUCCCCGAGUCGAGCAUAGACGACGCUUUAUACCCAGCAGUUUUAUGGAUGGCAUUUGGUGACCCUUGUAGCAGGGGGCCCCCUUGGAUGAACAGCGGCAAGCUCAGUGGCCGAGUCCGGGGAUAUAGGAAUCCUUUGGGACAGUAAACAGGAUCUAAUGAAGGAAAAAGAUUUAUAGUUUUCAGUAU